AUUUUUUCCAAGUCGUGAAUGACAGACCUUGUCCACUUUGUACUCCGUGACACAAUAAAAAUUAGUUUAUAAUAAAAAGUAUUAUAAAUGUAUAGAAAUUAACAUUAAAGUAAGAGGAUAACUAAUUUAUUUGGAAGUAGUAUAAUAGUUUAGUUAAAAUGGAUGUGUCGGCAUUGCAUGCACCUGUGGACUUUAAUAAGUCUUUGGAGGAAAUGUCGCCGGAGGAAAGAAUGCGUGCCGAACAUCAAUUGAUGCAUGAAAAGCACAAAGGACAUGAGGCUAUGCAUUCAGAGAUGGUGCUUAUUCUUUUCAUAACCCUAAUUGUGGCACAGGUUAUUUUGGUGGAAUGGAAAAAACGUCACUACAAAUCCUAUUCGGCAGUUACACUGCUUGCCAUGUGGAUUAUACCACUAGUGAUAUCGAUCUGUUACAAUUUCAUACGAUUUGUUAUCAUUUGGACAUUGUUUUCACUGUUAACGGCAUUUGUUAUCAAAAAAGCAGUUAGCAAACCAAUACAGCGCACCACUCCGAGAUUAGUGUACAAAUGGUUUUUACUAAUAUAUCAGAUUAGCUAUUUUUUGGGUAUUGGAGGCUAUAUUGUGAUGAUGGCUACAUUUGUAGGCUUCAAUUUUAUAUUUAAUCAAGGUCCUAAUGUUUGGAUGGACGCAGGAUUGAUGCUUGUUUUCUACGGUCUCUAUAUUGGUGUACUAGGUCGCGACAUAUCGGAAAUUUGUUCAGAGAAAAUGGCGGUACACAUAGGGUACUACACACCGCAAGGCAUACCGACCCGCCACCUGGACAACAACGUUUGCGCAAUUUGCGGGAAUCAACUGCUGGUUGGCGUGAAGGAGGAGGGUAUCUUUGAAAAUACAUAUAAGUUGUCCUGCAAUCACAUAUUUCAUGAAUUCUGCAUUCGUGGCUGGUGCAUUGUGGGUAAAAAACAGACCUGCCCUUACUGCAAGGAAAAGGUUGAUCUGAAAAAGAUGUUUUGCAAUCCUUGGGAAAGACCGCAUGUACUUUAUGGACGUUUAUUAGAUUGGAUUCGAUGGCUGGUGGCUUGGCAACCACUUAUUUUCUUCAUUGUACAAGGCAUUAAUUGGGCAUUGGGCUUAGAAUAAAACUCUUCUAGUCAUAACUUGAAACAAAGUAAAUCACAGCAAAAUAAAUUAAUUAAUACAACAUCAAAAA